CCAAACAAACCAAAAAGGAACACAAACCAACAUUAACAAAAUAAACAAAUGAUUUCUUUCUCUCUCCUCUGUUUUCAUCUUUCUCCAAAGAUUUCAUAUAAAUACUUUUUGUGUAAUUCCCAGCAAAUAACUAAUUGUAAUAAUCAUUUCAAUUCUUUCACUCUCCAGAAAAUUAAAUCCAAUCCCUCUUCCCUCUGUUUCGUUUCUCUCUCUUCAGACAUGGAUACUUCAGCCGGUCAAGGACUCUACCCAUUGCACCACUGCAAAACUAUUCAUUUGGUAAGACACGCGCAAGGAUUUCACAAUGUUGCGGGAGACAAAGAUGUUGAAGCAUACUUAUCCUAUGACUAUCUUGACGCAAGUCUAACUUCUCGUGGUUGGGAGCAGGUUGAUCAUUUGCGGAAGCAUGUCCAAGGAAGUGGACUAUCCAAGAAAAUUGACUUAGUAAUCACAUCUCCUUUGACAAGGACCAUCCAAACUGCAGUUGGAGUUUUCGGAGGGGGUGCUUAUACUGAUGGUGUUGAUGUUACGCCCCUCAUGGUAGCAGAUGCAGGGAACAGUGGUCGCCCUGGCAUUUCUAGCUUUGGCUGCCCUCCAUUUCUAGCAGUUGAACUUUGUCGAGAACACUUGGGUGUCCAUCCAUGCGACAAAAGGAGGAGUAAGACAGAGUAUGAAACACUGUUUCCUGCAAUUGAUUUCUCGCUGAUUGAAAACGACGAGGACGUAUUGUGGAAAGAGGAUUUAAGAGAGACGGAUGAAGAACUCGCCAAAAGAGGAAUGAAAUUCCUGAAUUGGCUAUGGACCCGGAGUGAGAAGGAGAUUGCUAUUGUUAGCCACAGUGGUUUUCUGUUUCAUACACUCAGUGCUUUUGGAAAAGAUUGUCAUCAGGUGGUGAAAGAUGAAAUAUGUACACACUUUGCUAACUGUGAACUGCGUUCAAUGGUUUUUGUGGACAAAUGUAUGGCGUCUGCUGAUUCUCCAAUGACAAACUUCCCUGGAAAAAUUCCAAAUGGACUUGAUCUUCCAAGUGAUGUUGCAGCUGACAAACUCGCAUAGAAACCACACUUACUCUGAUUUGAUGACCAAGACAGCAGUCUGGUCUGCAUGAUCGAUUUAUUAUUGAGGAUUCGAGCACCAACAUGGGAUCCUCCCUUGAUUUUAGAUUUGAGAUUGAGAAACUAAAUCAGUAUUCUGAAACUUUUUCAGCUGGAGUACUUGAAAUUAUAGAAUUGAAACUGAACCCAGCUUCUUGGGUUAUAAAUACAGGUUCUGCUCAUUUGUAAUGAUGCAAAUGACAUUGUGACAUCUCUGAAAGAAUGCAUACAAUUUCUAUAUCUUGGACAUUCAGAAGUUGACUAUAACUUAAUAUUCAGUUUUAAGUGAUUAAACCGAAA